UGUCUGCGCAGCGGAUAGCCGCGCUUUUUUCCUUGGUUGUGCUUUUGGUUACUUACGGUAAGAUGGACCCGCAGUGUCCACUAAAGGAUCAGGUGAUCCACUAACUACGAAGCGAAGGCUGACUGGGGAAAAUGCAAAAUGACAUAUAGCAAAUGUCGGAGCAUAAUUCAUUCACAUUUUCGGCUCACAUUUGGAUUUAAAUCGCACCGCUGGAGCUCCAAUGUGACGAUGGCUCGUUAGGGCUGGCGGCGCACUUGCGAUUUUUUUGAUAUUUUAAUUUAUGAGAAAUCACAUUCACAGACAAAUAUUGGUUUCAACAUGGGGCUGUGCUACAGUUUGCGUCCCCGGCUCUUCGGGGACCGGAGCGGGUCUAUCUCCAACGCUACCUCGGACUCGGACCAGCCUCCGGACGCCGCCGUGCCGACCCGCGCUGGGGGAGCUCGCCAGGAGGACACCGGGGGAUGCGGGGAGACUUCGUCGCUACGCGGCGGCGGCGGCGGCGGCGGCCCGGUGCGCCCCGGGGACCCUGCCAGGCUCCCGGCCGGAGAGCACCGCCGUGGAGACACCGGUACAGACGGUGUGCUCAUACAAAACGGUGGUGGCGGCGGCGGCGGAGGAGGUAGUGGUAAGGGGACAGGGAAGGACCGUGGUCGACGCUUACAGCUGCUUCAAAAGACUAGCACCCAAAAGCAGAAAAACUGGGACAAAUUGCUGGUGGAGGAGAAGGAGGCCGAGAAGGAGGCGAAGAAAGUCAGUAAGAAUAUUGACAGGACGCUGAAGGAGCUCAAACGGGAGUACAAACAGACGCAUCGGCUGCUGCUACUCGGUGCGGGAGAGUCCGGAAAAAGCACCAUUGUGAAGCAGAUGAGGAUUCUACACGUCAACGGCUUCAACGCAGAAGAAAAGAAACAGAAAAUACAAGAUAUUCGAAAAAACGUGAAGGAUGCCAUAGUGACUAUAGUGUCUGCGAUGAGCACUUUAAUACCCCCAGUCCCGCUAGCCAACCCAGAGGACCAAUUCAGAAUCGAAUACAUCAAAAGUAUAGCACCUCUCUCGGACUUUGACUAUUCACAGGAGUUCUUUGAUCAUGCAAAGAAGCUGUGGGACGACGAAGGAGUGAAGGCGUGCUUUGAGAGGUCCAAUGAGUACCAGCUCAUCGACUGUGCACAAUAUUUCCUGGACAGAAUUGACUCUGUAAGACAGAACGACUACACACCCACAGACCAGGACCUGCUACGCUGCCGAGUGUUAACUUCAGGGAUUUUUGAGACGAGGUUCCAAGUAGACAAAGUGAACUUUCACAUGUUUGAUGUUGGAGGCCAGAGAGAUGAAAGGAGAAAAUGGAUCCAGUGCUUUAACGACGUCACUGCUAUCAUCUUCGUGGUGGCCAGCAGCAGCUACAACAUGGUAAUAAGGGAAGACAACAACACCAACCGGCUACGGGAAGCCCUGGAUCUCUUCCGCAGUAUUUGGAACAACAGAUGGUUACGCACUAUAUCGGUCAUAUUAUUCCUGAACAAGCAGGACAUGCUGGCUGAGAAAGUACUAGCUGGAAAAUCCAAAAUUGAAGACUACUUCCCUGAAUAUGCUCGCUACACCAUACCAAAUGAAGCAACUCCUGAACCCGGCGAGGACCCAAGAGUGACAAGAGCUAAGUUCUUCAUUCGAGACGAGUUUCUUCGGAUCAGCACUGCGAGCGGCGACGGCAGACACUACUGCUACCCCCACUUCACCUGCGCUGUGGACACAGAGAACAUCCGGCGGGUGUUCAACGACUGCCGGGACAUCAUCCAGAGAAUGCACCUGCGGCAGUAUGAACUCUUGUGAUGGGAGACCGCCUCCGUCAGCCUUCUGUGUUUUUUCUCCACCAUUCUGCAUCCUUGGCGAACCCUUCCUCCUCCUCCUCCUCCUCCUCCUCCUCCUCCCUCACCCCCCUCCCCUUCCCCAAAGAGACCCCUUACCACCCCUCCUGUUGAGGACUAUGAAGUACUACUGAAGUGUGUCAAAUCCUCUUCCUCUUCUUAACUUCUUAGCUUUUUGUACUUGUUAUUUUUUCUCUGAGACAGAUUCAUGCCCAUUUCGCCCAUGUGAAAGGAAGUUUUGGGGAACAAAGUCAGUGCGUGCCGCUAAGUUUUUUCUUUUAAUCCUUUUGAAUGCCUUGAUUUUUGUCAUUCCACUAAGCCUUGGGCUACCUCCUUUUUUCCCCUUUGUUUUCCUCUGAUUUUUGGCUUCGUUGUUGGACCUGGACUGGUGGGUGUUGAAACAUUAAAACACACCUACAGGACCUCAGUGUAGAGGCAAUGUGUGUGUGUGUGUGUGUGUGUGUGUGUGUGUGUGUGUGUGUGUGUGUGUG